UCUUGGACAAUAAAUUUUCUUGUCUUCAGUGUAGUCUGACCUUGGACUCGUGAGAUAUGGAAAAUGGUGAUGGCGAGCAGUAGAGUGGAUGCCAUGCUUGCUUGGAUGACAGCCACUAGUAAUAGUUGAGUUUGGUCAGCAUGCCAAACUUUGUGGAGCUAUGUAUGAGUCUCGUGCAUGUCUUCGACAACAUCGUACCAAGCAGUUCCUUCUGACGAAGGUAGUUUGCCCGUCAAACCCGCUUCUCGUUUUACAUCUCGCAAGACACUUUUUCUCUCUGGAUUAGUGUUCAUCAUCAUCGCGUUUGUAUCGUAUAAAGCGUUCUUCUCGUGGUCUAUUCAACAUCCGUCUUUUCAACAAGACUCUUCUGCAACCACUGGCAGUACCAAAGCAUUAGAAUCUCAAACAUAUUCAUCCAUAGUACCGCCAGCACCGAGCGAUACUCCAGAAAUGCAAGGUCAAGGAAAGUACAGCGUUGGAUACUUCGUAAAUUGGGGGAUCUACGGUCGCAAGUUCCCGCCGUCAAACAUCCCUGUCCAAGAUUUGACCCACAUUCUCUAUGCAUUUGCUGAUCUGAGACCUGACACGGGCGAAGUUGUUCUCUCUGAUGCAUGGGCGGACAAAGAUAUUCACUACCCUGGCGAUUCUUGGAAUGAUGUCGGGAACAACCUCUACGGAAAUUUCAAGGCCAUCUAUAAAUUGAAACAGCAAAAUAGACACUUGAAGGUCCUUCUCUCAAUCGGAGGUUGGACAUAUUCCCCUAAGUUCCAUCCUAUCGUCGUCAAUCCUGCCCUUCGUGCCAACUUCGUGCGGUCCGCAGUUCGUCUGCUCGAGGAUUACGGUCUUGAUGGUCUCGAUGUGGACUAUGAAUAUCCAUCCAAUGAUUACCAAGCUCGUGGCUACGCCGACCUCCUAAGGGAACUCAGAGUAGGCCUAGAUCAGCACGCUCAAAUGAAGGGAAUCUAUCACAGAUUCUUGUUGACAAUCGCCGCUCCUUGUGGACCCGAUAACUAUCAAAAGUUACACGUACGUGAAAUGGACCACUACCUUGAUUUUUGGAAUAUGAUGGCGUAUGACUUCUCUGGUUCAUGGGAUUCUGUUGCAAAUCACCAAGCCAACAUCUAUGGUGGACCUAUCAGUGCCUCACAGGCGAUUGAGUGGUACAGCGCGAACGGCGUCCCUCGCUCCAAGAUGGUCCUCGGGAUUCCGCUGUACGGUAGAAGCUUCAUGAACACGUCCGGCCCCGGGGCACCGUUUUCCGGCAUCGGACCAGGCAGUUGGGAGCAAGGUGUCUAUGACUACCGUGCUCUUCCGCUCCCAGGCACAUACGUGUUCCAAGACGACAAGGCCCUGGCGAGCUGGUCUCACGACUAUCAGAAGCAAGAGAUGGUGAGUUUUGACAACGAGCACGUCGGCCAUUGGAAGGGCGAUUGGAUCCGCCGUCAAGGUCUUCGAGGAAGCAUGUUCUGGGAGUUAAGCGGAGACAAAGGAAGCGCGCGAGAGGGAAUGGAAGGCGGGUUUGGAAAGGACCCAGUGCCCGGGAGGAGCUUAGUUGCAACCGUCAAGAAUGCCAUGGGACCAUUAGACCUGAGUCCCAACUGGCUGAGCUAUGAGGGCAGUCAAUUCGACAACCUGCGCAGCGGUACCAUUUAGAUUCAUCGAUUGCAUCACACGAUACAAGAGGACUCGGACGUCUUUUCUAGGACAAUUACUGUAACAUCACUUUUCCUUCGAGCAUAUUUCAUCGACUCCGUAUGAUAGCAGUCUUGUAAUGUUACGCUGUGUGACUUC